AUAUUGAAAUACAAUGAAAAUAAUGGUAAAAUUACUAAUUAGAAUCAUGGUUGUUUUAUUGACCGCUCACGAGUCGAUGGCCGGUAUUCUGGGUUUAUUAGGCGGUUAUGGUUUGUGCCAAACGGCGUGUAACGCCGCGUGGGUCGCGUGUUUGGCGUCGGCUGGUGUUGUGGCCGGUACUGUGACGGCCGGUGCGGGAGCGCCCGCCGCAGUCUUGGCCUGCAAUGCACUCCAAGGCGUUUGUAUGGGCAGCUGUGCCGUCACUUUUCUUGUCGCCCCCACGCCAUAAGGUUUCCCUCUUUUGGUUUUCAAAUCAAGAAUUAUUUACAAUUUUUAUUGUUUUAAAUUAAUUAAUUGAUUGAAAAUUAAUUUAAGUAAAUCGAGAAAAUUUAUUG